AUGGAGGCCUCCGCCGCCGGCGCCGCGGACCCGUACUUCCCGAUUUACAUCUCCUCGGACGAGGAAGACGGGCACGCCUACUUCACCGAGUCCUACAGCCCCGAAGAGGUCCAGAUUCAGGAGGCCAUUCUCCUCUCCCUUGAUACCUCUCGCGCCCAGACGGCCACCGCCUGCUCCGCAUCCUCCUCCUCUCACCUCGCCGGUGCCUCCUCCACCCCUAAGGCCGGUACCUCCGCUACCCCUAAGGAAACUCCUCUGGAUCGCAAAGGAAAGCGCAAGCUUCAAGUAGAAGAUGACCCGAGCGACUCCAAGACGAAGCGGUCCAAGCGCAACCGCUUCAACUGCGCCAUCUGCUUCGAGAGGGUUCAGGCUGCGGAGAAGUUUGUUGUGAGCCACUGCGCUCACGCGUUCUGCAACAGCUGCGUCGGAAGGUAUGUCGCCGGCAAGGUCACCGAGAACGUAGCCGUGAUCGGGUGCCCUGAUCCCGCGUGUGAGACAGGGAUUAUUGAGAUGGAUCUGUGCCGGGAUAUCAUCCCGCCUGAACUAUUUGACCGGUGGAAUGUCGUGCUGUGCGAGGAGCUACUGGGUGAUGAUAAGUUCUACUGUCCGUUCAAGGAUUGCUCGGCACUGUUACUAAAUGAUGGCUCCGUGAAGAUCAGGGAAACAGAGUGCCCCCACUGUCACAGGCUGUUCUGUGCUCGCUGCCGUGUGCCAUGGCACGAUGGGAUCAAGUGCAAGGAAUUUAAGAAGCUUGGGAAUGACGAGAAGGGGGAGAAUGAUUUGAUUUUUAAGAAGCUUGCUGACAAGGAGAAAUGGCAGAGGUGCCCCAAGUGCAGGAUGUAUGUUUCGCGAAAAUCUGGGUGCUUGCUAAUAAAUUGCAGGUGCAAACAGUACUUCUGUUACCAUUGUGCUGCACCAAUGGAUAGGAAAACUCACUAUUGUGAGAAUUGCAAGCACUAG